UUUGUUGUCUACCCUUAUCUUCUUUUUUCAGGUCUCAAUAUCUUAAAUUUUAAAAAGUAAAGGGAUGUUAAUGGUAAUUUUAUUAACCAAAAGUCAAAUGUGACACUUCCCUGGUGUUCUUUCUCUUGAUCCCUGGUGUUCUUUCUCUCGAUCCCUGGUGUUCUUUCUCUCGAUCCAACUUUUUAAUCGAGUUGCUUUCGACUUUAAGCCUCUAUUUAAUUGAGAACUUCUUCUCCAAUGGAUUUCAUCAUUUCUUCACCAUUAACGCAGCAGCAGCUCCUUCUCUUCUCUUCUCCACACUACAUCAAAGCAAUCCGUGUAAGAUGACGAAUUGGUCUAGUCUCAGUGGCCAUAGGGAUAUCGUUAUGAUACCCACACCUGGAGCGCCAAAUGGUGCUGAUGGACAACCAUCGGCCGAUCAUUAUCAGGUGAAUUCCUCGAGCUCGAUGAUGACCGGAGGAAAGAAAAGAAAUCAGAAAGAUAAAGGAAAAGGAAGAGGCAUCAAGAAGCAGUGCCUGCCCCGGGUAACCGGUGGAGAAGAGAGUGUGGGAGAGCUUACUGUACAGCAUAGUGGGAAAAUCUACACUGACCAAAUCAACAGAAGAAUAUGUAAAGUGAAGGAAAAACUUUUGGAUUGGCUAAGGAACUGUCCAGAAGUUAUAUCCAUCAUCAAUCAAAUUGAAGAGAAAUGGCCACUGCUAUCUGAUCUCCAAAAAAUUAAGGAGAAAAAUAGUGAAAUCCAAACCGAGUUCAAGGCAGGCCGUUUAAAAGAGGAUGAGGCGAUGCAGAAAAUGGACGAACUAAAAGAGAGGCUCAAUCGUGUAGAUGGACAACUACAGGAGUUGCACAAAGCAAACAACGUUGAGAAACUUGAGGCAACGUUCCUUAAUGAGGAAUGUGACUUGGAAACUCUUGAAAAGAGGUAUGGCAUAUAUAUAUAUAUAUGAAAUUGGUAGGUGAUGAUCGGUAGAUUUGAAAACUUGAAUUUCGAAAAUAGCAUUAGACAUAAAUAUUAUUUAUAAGUUUAAUAUUUUUUAAUAUAGUACUCGUGUUAUUUUUGUGAUGCAUUUGAUAUCAUAUUUGACAAAAAAUUAUAUGUUUAGGUACUAAAGGUAAUGUUGUUAAGUUUUUAGUGCUUAAUUCGGAUUUUAGAGAUGAUUUGAUAAAAUUUUAUAAUUAGCAAUUAAAUUUCAUCAAUUGACCAUAAAAUCCGAAUUAAAGAUUAAAAAGUUAACAUCGUAAUUUCAAGUACCAAAAUAUAUAAAUUUUGUCAAAUACAAGUAUCAAUUUAGACUAAAAAUAACACAAAUUCUAUAUUGAAAAAAGUGUCAAAUUCAAGUAUCAAAUUAUGUACCUUUUCAAAAUCCGUAAUAUGGAUUGUUUUAAAACUUCAUGUUUUAUUUUUUUAAGUACAAAAUCACACAUUGAAUCCCGCUUGAUUUCUACAUAAUCAUAUACACAACGAUAUUAUAAAAUUUUAUGUAGUAAAAGAAAUCCAAACUACAAAAUCCAUAUUCCCAAAAAGGUAACACUAGUAUUAUCAUAUUUUUUAAAUUAUGAUAGUAAAAGUGUCAUAGAGGUGUGAGUUGGAUUACAUUUUGCCUCCUUACUCAAAAAAUGGGCAAAUUAAUCCUUAUAGUUAUAUCAAAGAGGAAAUUGGCAAUUCUAUUAAAAAUUUUAUCAAUUUCUAUUUUUAAAAACUAGCUUCUAUAUGCCCAUAUGAGGUACAUGUGGCGCGUCACGUGUCACUGUAUGGUUAUUUCGUUAGCCAUGUCAAUUUUUAACAGUACAAAUAAAUGGAAUUUUUAACCGAAAUGUCUGGUUUGCUCUUUGAUUUAACACAUAAUGAUUAAUUUGCUCAUUUUUUGAAUAGAGAGAGGAAAAAUACAAUUUCGCUCCUAGUAUAGGGCUCUCCACGGUACUUUUACUAAAUUAUGACAUGUUUUUUCGUGUUUCUUAUUUCAGUAUUAUUCUGUAUGUCCACAUAUGAAGGAAGUUGGUGUAUCGUCUAAAAUUAAUGAGUUGAAAAACGAAAUUAAUACCAAUAAUGACAACAAAGUGAAUGUUCGAGACUCCAUUGGCUUACAACAAGCAUUGAACAAGAAUUUCGACACUGGCAACGACACAUGGGUGAAGGCUGUUCAAGUCGAACCCCAUGAUAAUAAAGGUGAAGAUGUUGAAGGAGGUGAUUCGGUUCCACCUCCCGCUGAAGCUCCACCACAAUAUCCAAUUUUUUCUGCCGGAACUUCAGCUAUACUCAACGCACUUGGCUCUUUGAGAGAUGAUAUUAGUGGCAUCCGUGAUGAAGUUCGAGGCUUAGGUGCUAGGAUGUCUGCAUUGGAGGAACGUAUUGCUCAUCUUCCGUUUCAAUUCUGUCCACCACAGCCUCCUCAAGAUAGCUAGGACUCAUUUUGCAUUCAUGGAUUUCCAUGUUUUAUUUGGAUGUUUUAUAUUGUUUUGCUUACUAUUCUGAGAUCCUUAAAUGUUUAUUUUCUUAUUUCAAAUGUUACUUCAUUACUUUUUUGCUUAUAUUAUUGGACUAACCAUUUUCCUUCU